GGUAAAUCUAAUUUAUCUCUUAAAAUUCGACUGGGAAUUAAUUAAUAAUUCUAUGUAGAUGCAAAAUAGUCGAUGUUGGUGAAAAAUCGCGGUUUUGAUAGACUUUUAUUUGAAUCUUUCGCAGGUUUUUUAGGCAACCUGUGCCAUUAGUGGCUACGGUAUAGCGUGUAGCAUCAAUCAGCUGUUGUUGACAUUUCCAUAGUUCGUGGUUCGUGUAGUCAUAUAAUUUUUGUCAACAAAGACCAUUUUUGGUGGAUGUUUCUUUCCUAUUAGAUAAAAAUGGCCAUGCCAUCAAUUAACCCAAUUAAUUAUAUCAUUGAGAGACAGUAUAAAGACAAUAUUUUUAUAAAAAACAAAUUAUAUAGUGCUAGGUUGUCUAAGGCUAGGAAUUUAUACAGGAAGGAUUUACUGGCACAUUAUGGGUGUGUGAAUGCCAUAGAAUUUUCUUUAGACGGUGAAUAUUUAGUAUCCGGUGGAGAUGAUAAAAGAGUGCUUCUAUGGUACGUACCCGGUGCCAUGUACGAUAGGAGCUCACCCAUAGCCAUGUGCACACCACACAGGAGCAAUAUUUUCUGCUUGACUUUCGAUUCCGGUGUAGAAAAGAUCUUUUCCGGAGGCAACGAUGACCAAGUCCUCAUCCAUCAAAUAGAAAGUCGCACCUUAAAAAGUUCCAUUCCACACGAUAAGCCUGUGUACGGUAUAAAUAUUCACCCCCAAAAUGAUAAUAUCAUCGCCACAGCUGGAGAAGAUGGAAGGAUAUUACUCUUCGACAUAAGAGAAGUCCCAAAUCAAGAAGUACAAGUAGUCGCGCAAGAGAACAAUAGUUUCCAUUCGGUAAUGUUCAAUCCGAUGAAACCCCGAUAUAUCGUGACAGCAAAUUCAGAAGAAGGUAUCGGCCUUUGGGAUUGUAGAAAACCGAAAAGCCAAGUGAUGCGUUACGAUUCUCAAAGCGGCAAAACUAGCGGCAUCAGCGCCUGUUUCGACGACUCGGGCAAGAAAAUCCUGGCCCUUCGAAGGCGCCUACCGCCGGUUUUGUAUUCGUCCGAUUCCGAAAACGCGAUCUGCCAGUUCUAUCAUCCGCAGUAUUACAAUUCGUGCACCAUGAAAACCUGCUGUUUCGCCGGCGAAAAUGGAGAGUACAUCCUCAGCGGUUCCGACGAUUUCAACAUUUACAUGUGGAAGAUGCCCACAGAUGACAGCGAAUGGGGCUCUUCGCAUAUGAUUUUGCGCGGUCACCGGUCCAUCGUGAACCAAGUCCGGUAUAAUGUUCAUAACAAUUUCAUAGCGUCUUCCGGUGUCGAAAAAAUGGUCAAAUUGUGGAGUGCAAUUCCUGUGGGAAACUGGAAAGGGUCUAUACUUAAAGAACACACCGAACCUGUUAGAUCCAUUUACAGUCACGACGAGUACAUAAGUCUAGUGGGAAAUAGCGACCGUAUCAACCACGAUUACAGCGAUCAAUCGACCUGCGAAGAUGCGAAAAUGAUGGCCUUCUUCGAUUCGCUUAUCCAAAGGGAAAUCGAAGGGUGGGAUUCCCAAACGGACGGAACGUUUUCAACCGAUAGUGAUAGCGAUGAAGAGGAUUGGCCCAAACUUAUAUCGAAGAUUUUCAAAAACGGCAAAUUCAACUCCGAAGAGCCAAAGAAGUUCCGAUCUAAUAGGAUAACUCAGUUGAUAUCGAAGAAGAAAAACACCUUGGCCAAGCUGGCGCAUAGUAAAUGUUCGAGUUACAGGAAAAAAUACCAGAAGAAUCCCAAACGGAAAUCUUCCAAAUCGAAAUCGAGGAAACACAACGGCUUGCACAAAAAGUCCCACAAAAAGUCUUCGGAGAAGGAAACGAAAAAGCCGAAACGUGAUAGACCUUCUAAAUAUUUCACUAGGUUAAGCGUGAAGCAAAUGACUGAUAACGAAUCGACUGAAAAUUCCCUGGACACCCCGAGCACCAGUACGGGCAUCACCAAUUCGGAGCGAUCGAUGUUCAGGCUGAUCGAGCAAGACUCCGACGACGACGCCAGAAACGCCAACGAGAACGAGCGUCCCGACGGCGUCGAGGCCAGCAAUUUCGUCAACAUCCUACCGACGCCUCUGAACGGCUCCAGGGACGUGCUGAUCAACAUCCUCGAGGUGACCAACGGCAAUUCGCCGAGGAACCUAAGGUCUGCGACGUCGGCGUCGCGGUCGGGCGCGAACGGGUUCGCGUCGCCGCCGGCCCGCGAGCUCGACGACAAUCCAUCCGAUCACGGUUACAGCCAGAGCAGCGACAGCGAGCUGGAGUACGCGCACACGCCGCGCCGGAAAUACGAGGACGCCUUCGAUUCGGGCUGCGGCACGGGGCCGAGCUCGAGCGGCAGCAACGGUUCGCACAAGAUACCGCGAAUGACGCCGGGCUGUUCGACGGGCGAACGGAGCCCCGACAAUCAGAGCAAUAGGUUCAAGAAGUGUAGGUACGCGAUGCGCAAGGUGAGGAGGGUCAAAAAGAAAAUUGGUGCUGAUUCCGAUGAGAAUUGAGUUCGUUUGUAACUUCUUCUUUUUUUUCUUCGUCUUUUUUUUGUUUUUUUGUAAGUAGUGAUCGACUUUUUUUGGUGUUUGAUUCAUUUUAAAUUGAUCAAAUUCGAUUCUUCUUUAGUGCCUGCUGGAAAUUUUAGACCUGUAUGGAUUUAGUCGCUCA